CCGUGCGCCCCCGGGUGGUGUUUCGGCGUCAUGGCGGGCGCGGGUUGGGAGUUGGCGUGUCCGCGGCAGGUGCUGGGGCGCGUGCGGUUGGUGCGGGAGGCGUCGCGGUGCCUGAGCGUCGGGGAGGCGCUGCCCGGGGCGCUGGCCUUCGUGGCCCGGGAGGUCCGCUACAAGCUCGCCAGGGACCCCCCGCUCCGCCUGCACGUCUGGGACCACCCCGACGCCGCCGGGCAGCCCCCCUCCGCCUCCGCCUCCUCCUCCUCCGGGCAGCCCUCCGCCUCCUCCUCCGGGCAGCCCUCCGCCUCCAUCGAGGUCCGGCGCGGGGCCUGCCUCAGGGCCACCGGGGAGGAGCUCUGCAACAACCACGGCCUCUGGGUCAGGAUCACACGGGAGCAGCUGAAGGAGCACCAGGUCCAGCAGCAGCAGAGCGGGUGCCAGCUGGAGGAGGGCUGGCUUCUGGUGUGUAAGCACAAUGAGGGCGGGGACCGGCUGGUGCCCGUCGCCUCGGCAGACCGGGUACAGCGUCAGCAGCAGCUCUUCGGCCUGGACUACAAACCCAUCGUCAGGUGGGAGCAAGUGGUGGAUCUGACCUACUCCCUGCGGCUCGGCGCCCAGCCCAGAGUGAUGGAGGAGGACACCGAGGCCGUGCAGAGGCUCCGAUUCGUGCCCCCAACGUGGACCUACGAGUGCGACGAGGACCUGGUGCACUUCCUGUACGACCACGUGGGCAAGGAGGACGAGAACCUGGGCAGCGUCAAGCAGUACGUGGAGAGCAUCGACGUCUCCUCCUACACGGAGGACUUCAACGUCUCCUGCCUGACCGACGGCAAUCCCGACACCUACUGGGAAAGCGAUGGGUCCCAGUGCCAGCACUGGGUCCGCCUCACCAUGAAGAAGGGCACCAUCGUCAAAAAGCUGCUGCUGACCGUGGACACCACAGACGAUAACUUCAUGCCCAAGCGUGUGGUGGUGUACGGGGGCGAAGGGGACAACCUCAAGAAGCUGAGCGACGUCGGCGUCGACGAGAGCCUGAUUGGGGACGUGUGUGUGCUGGAGGACAUGACCGCCCACCUGCCCAUAAUCGAGAUCCGGAUUGUGGAGUGCCGAGAUGACGGGAUUGACGUGCGGCUGCGUGGCGUGAAGAUCAAAUCGUCGCGGCAGCGGGACCUGGGGCUGAGCGUGGAUAUGUUCCAGCCCGCCAAUAUGGUGCGCUACCCGCGCCUGGAGGGCACGGCGCCCGACGUCCUCUACCGCCGGGCCAUCCUGCUGCAGAGGUUCGUGAAGGUCCUGGACAGCGUCCUCUAUCACCUGGUGCCCGCUUGGGACCACACCCUGGGCACCUUCAACCAGAUCAAGCGGGUGAAGCAGUUCCUGCUGCUGUCGCGGAGGCGCCCGGCCCUGGUGGCCCAGUGCCUGAAGGACUCGGAGAGCGGCAAGCCCAGCUUCAUGCCCCGCCUCUACAUUAACCGGCGCCACGCCAUGGAGCACCGGGACUGCCCCGCCCGCGACCCCACCUGCAAGAACGCCGUCUUCACUCAGGUAUACGAGGGCCUCAAGCCGUCGGACAAAUACGAGAAGCCUCUGGAUUACCGGUGGCCGCUGCGCUAUGACCAAUGGUGGGAGUGUAAAUUCAUUGCUGAGGGGAUCAUUGACCAAGGCGGGGGCUUCCGGGACAGCCUGGCCGACAUGUCCGAGGAGCUGUGCCCCAGCUCGGCCGACACCCCCGUGCCCCUGCCCUUCUUCGUCCGGACGGCCAACCAGGGCAACGGCACCGGGGAGGCCCGGGACAUGUACGUGCCCAACCCCUCCUGCUGCGACUUCGCCAAGUACGAGUGGAUCGGCCAGCUGAUGGGAGCCGCCCUGAGGGGCAAGGAGUUCCUGGUCUUGGCCCUCCCGGGUAUCGUGUGGAAGCAGCUCGCCGGGGAGGAGGUGAGCUGGAACAAGGACUUCCCGGCCGUGGACUCUGUGCUGGUGAAGCUGCUGGAGGUGAUGGAGGUGAUGGACAGAGACACGUUCGACUUCAAGUUCGGGAAAGAGCUGACCUACACCACGGUGCUGAGCGACCAGCGGGUGGUGGAACUGCAGCCCGGGGGCGGCGGCUUGGCCGUGCGCUACGAGGACCGCGGCCGCUUCAGCCGCCUGGUGCAGAAGGCCCGGCUGGAGGAGAGCAAGGACCAGGUGGCGGCCAUGCAGGCGGGCCUGCUGAAGGUGGUGCCCCAGGCUGUGCUAGACCUCCUGACGUGGCAGGAACUGGAGAAGAAGGUGUGCGGGGACCCCGAGGUCACCGUGGAGGCCCUCAAGAAGCUCACUCGUUUCGAGGACUUCGAGCCGUCGGACACCCGGGUGCAGUAUUUCUGGGAAGCUCUCAACAACUUCACCAAUGAGGACCGUAGCCGCUUCCUGCGCUUCGUCACCGGCCGCAGCCGGCUGCCUGCCCGCAUCUACGUUUACCCGGACAAGCUGGGCUCAGAAACCACUGAUGCCUUGCCCGAGUCAUCCACCUGCUCCAGCACACUUUUCCUGCCCCACUACGUCAGCGCCAAAGUGUGUGAGGAGAAACUGCGCUACGCUGCUUACAACUGCGUAGCCAUCGACACGGACAUGAGCCCCUGGGAAGAGUGAGGCCGUCCGGCCUGCGGCUCCCCGGGCCGGGCUGCAUCCCGGCCCCAAUAAACCUCGGGCCAGGCCUGCCUGCUCCGUUCCCUUGCCUUUCUGCCCGUGACCUGCACCCAGAAUGUCCAGGAAGCGCAGGGCCGGGUUGGGCCUCUCCAGUGAUCCCGGGUUUCCCGUCCUGCCAAUGGGGAGUCCUGCAUCCCCAGGGGUGGGGAGUGGGGGACAGCGGGAGAUGCAGCCUGGGAUGUGACCGAUCCCACCGGGAAGGGCCUUCUCGGGCCACGGCUACCAGGCCUGGUGUCCUUUGGGCUUCGGGUCCCGGACAUCCCAACGUGCCCGAGACUCCUGAGACCACAGGUGGCCACCCCCUAGCCCCGGCCCAGAACCACUCGUGUUGGGCUGAGGGCCCUUCAAGCCAGACUGCUCAAAUACCUGGACCAUUUCCCAUCAUUAUCAAUCGUAUUUAUUGAGCGCUUACUGUGUGCAGAGCACUGUACAAAGUGCUUGGGAAAUACAAGUU